AUUCUUGAACAGCCCCUUACCUUUAUAUAAAAAGCCUAAAAACAAAUCUCAUACAAUUAAGGAUUUCUUUUUCCGUAAUUUACAUUGAUCAACAUUCAACGGGAAUUCUCAAAAUCCUCACAAUAUCCAUGGCGCUGCCGAAUAUGGAAGUGAAGGUAAUCGAGCAAGCCAAGGUUUCUCCACCGCCAGGCUCAGUCCCAAAAACCUCUCUUCCUCUCACUUUCUUUGACAUGCCAUGGCUUCUGAAUUGCAACCACAUGCAACGCGUCUACUUCUAUGAAUUUCCUCACCCUACCAACCACUUCUUAGAAACCCUACUUCCCUCUCUCAAAAAUUCUCUCUCCCUCACCCUCCAACAUUUCUUCCCCUUGGCCGGCAACCUCGUUUGCCCUCCGCCGCCCGCGAAGCCUAACAUUCUCUUCACCGACGGCGACUCCGUUUCCCUCACCGUCGCCCAGUCCACCGCCGACUUCCACUUUCUCUCGGCCAAUCACCUGCUACCCGUCCGAGCGUUUGACCCGUUCGUCCCCAAGUUUUCACCCACACGUUUGGAAGACGGCACACGUGUGGAACCUCUCCUGGCCGUGCAAGUCACCGUCUUCCCCAACUUCGGCAUCUGCAUCGCCGUACAGAGAAACCAUGCGGGGAGCGACGGGAGGGCGUUUCACCACUUCAUGAAAUCAUGGGCGUUGCUUAGCAAGACCGGCGGAGAUUUAGCCCGGCUUGAUCGAGAGCUACGGCUGCCGUCUCACGACCGGGCGGCGAUCAAGGACCAAUAUGGGCUUGAGCUGGAGAUCUUGAACGAAUGGUGGAGUUUGGGGUCGACAAGUAAAGAUGAGGACGAAAGACGAGUCCGCGAUGGUCGUACUAUUCACAACAUCCGUAGCACGUUUCCUCUAAGCCAAGUCCAGAUGGAGAGACUAAAGCAGUGGGUCGCAAAACAAUUGGCCAAUGACAAAAGCUCGUCGUCGUUUCACAUGUCAUCGUUUAUCUCUACUUGCGCGUUGAUAUGGGUUUGCUUGGCGAAAUCGGUAGAGAGGAAUUCCGCGUUCAACACAGAUCAAGAGAGGAAUUCCGCGGUCAACACCGAUAAAGAUGACGAGCCUUACUACCUCGCCUUUGUAGCGGAAUGUCGAAGUCGCGUCGCGUUUCCAUUACCAACGACCUAUUUUGGAAAUUGCAUGACAAUAUGUUUUGCAACGGUAAAGAGGAAGGAGCUAUUGGCAGAAAAUGGUAUCGUCGCGGCGGCUAAGGCCAUUGGGAAGGAAGUCGGGGAAUUGAACAAGGAAUCUUUGAAGACGUUCGAGAAUUGGUUGAUGAAGUUCAAGAAAAUAAAGGAAUCUGGGUGGCAACAUCUUACCGUCACGGGCUCGCCGAAAUUUGGUGUUUAUGAGGCGGAUUUCGGGUGGGGGCGGCCUAAAAAGAGCGAGACGGUCCAUUUUCGUGAUGCGACUACGAUUUCUCUUGCUGAGAGUAGGGACCAGAAAGGUGGUGUCGAGGUUGGUUUGGCGCUAAACAGGGAUCGAAUGAGUCGUUUCAGUGUCAUCUUGGAAGAAACCUUGACGGGGUUGGCUUGAAUUGAGUCAAGGCAUGUUAAGUGGCUAACAACACAAGUUGCUACCUUUACACAUUGAAUGAUC